AUGAGAGCUGACAUUGGGCACUUUCGGAAUGGAUUAGACCCCUUCCGCCCUGCGCGGGGUCUCGCGACCUUAGCACCGGGUCUCCUAGCGCGCGCCGAGGCCCUGACGGCCGAACACGACGCCCUUCGAGAAUCUCUCAACACAUCGUUCGACCAAGCGAAGGCCAAAAGAUCGGGGGAACUGUCCCGCAUAGCCUCUGCGCUGCGGGCAUAUAAGGCAACGUACUCGUCUGUGCAGGAGCUGUCGUCCAUGCUCGAGACAGAACCUGCAUCGGCCGACGACGCGGAGCUAGCAGCCAUCGCGCGCGACGAGCUCAACAUAGAAAAGGAGAAGCUCGCAUCUCUUGAACGUUCCCUCGGUGCGAGUCUCGCCCCGCGCGACGCCUUCGCUGACCUCCCAUGCAUGCUCGAGUUCCGUCCGGGUCCAGGAGGGACGGAGAGCCGCUUCUUCACCGACACCCUCUUCCAGAUGUACCAGCGGCUAUGUCAGCGGCACGGACUACGCACCAACGUGGUCAAGUACGAUGUUGCUGACGGCGACGGCGACAGGUCCUCUGCUGCCGGUGAAGCGCCACUACAAGAAGCGGUUCUCGAAAUUUCCGAUCCAGCAAUGUACGACAUGUUCCGCAGCGAGGCAGGCAUGCACCGCGUCCAACGCAUCCCCAGCACAGAGAGCAAGGGGCGCGUCCACACGAGUGUAGCAGCGGUGUGGGUUCUCCCACUGUUCCCCGAGAACGGCAACUUGGGUGAUCUCAACAUCAACCCGGACGACCCAGACAGUGAUUUCUACGUAAACCCGCAGGAGGUGCGCGUCGAGACGAUGCGCGCCCGCGGCGCCGGCGGCCAGCACGUCAACAAGACCGAGUCGGCCAUCCGGCUCACCCACAUGCCCACGGGCGAGACUGUGUCGAUGCAGGAUCACCGGUCGCAGCAGCGCAACCGCCAGGAGGCAUGGAAGAUACUGCGAUCUCGCAUCGCUGACCGGCGCCGGGAGCAGCGUGAGGCGGAAGCUGCCCAGCUGCGCAACUCGGUCCUGGCCUCCAAGCAGAUACAUCGUGGCGAAAAGAUCCGCACGUACAAUUACAACCAGGAUAGAUGUACAGACCACCGCGCCAAUUUCGACGUGCAUAACCUCCCCGACGUUCUGGAGGGAGGGGAGACGCUCGACCGGGUCAUGCAGGCGGCCAAGGACUGGCUCGUCACCAGGGACAUUGAACUCGUCACUCUCGAGGAGGAGGCCAAGGCCAGAAAGGCCAUUGCUCAGAACAAAAAGUGA